AUGACAGAUACAGCAACAUCAAAAGCAACAGUUGAAAGACCAAAAUUACAAUCAACUGGAUCAUUACAUAGUUUAUUUAAAAAUGUUGAUUUAUUUUCAGAGAAUGAUGAAGAAUUAUAUCCACCACUUCAACAUGGUGCAAGAUUUGCAGCACCAAUUGAAGAUAGUACAUUAUUAGCAUUGGGUAUGAAACCAGAUGAACUUAAAGCAUUCCAAAAACAAAGACAUGCAUACAUUAACAAGGAUCAAAUUUACACUGAUGAAAUUAAAAUUCCAAAUAAAACUGAAAUGGUAGAUUAUCAUCAACUUCAUUUAGUCUCACCAAUUGACCAAUCAAAUGCUUCCAGAUUAUUAAAUAAAUUAGUUGUAAUUAAAUUAAAUGGUGGUCUUGGUAAUAGUAUGGGUUGUAAAACUGCUAAAAGUACAAUGGAAAUAGCUCCAGGUGUUACUUUUUUAGAUAUGGCAGUUGCUCAUAUUGAACAAAUUAAUCAAGAUUAUAAUGUUGAUGUCCCAUUGGUUAUUAUGAAUUCUUAUAAAACUCAUAAUGAAACUAAUAAGGUUAUUGAAAAGUAUAAAACUCAUAAAGUUAGUAUUAAAACUUUCCAACAAUCAAUGUUCCCAAAGAUGUAUAAAGAUACAUUAAAUUUAGUACCAAAACCAAAUACACCAAUGAAUCCAAAGGAAUGGUAUCCACCAGGUUCAGGUGAUAUCUUUAGAUCACUCCAAAGAUCUGGUUUGAUUGAUGAAUUUUUAGCUGCUGGUAAAGAAUAUAUUUUCAUUUCAAAUGUUGAAAAUUUAGGUUCAAUAAUUGAUCUUCAGGUAUUAAAUCAUAUUCAUUUGCAAAAGAUUGAAUUUGGUUUAGAAGUUACAAAUCGUAUUAAUACUGAUUCAACUGGUGGUAUUUUAAUGUCAUAUAAAGAUAAACUUCAUCUUUUGGAAUUAUCUCAAGUUAAACCAGAGAAAUUAAAGAUCUUUAAAGAUUUUAAACUUUGGAAUACAAAUAAUAUUUGGGUUAAUUUGAAAUCAGUUUCAAAUUUAAUUAAAGAAGAUAAAUUAGAUUUAGAUUGGAUUGUUAAUUAUCCACUUGAAAAUCAUAAAGCAAUGGUACAAUUAGAAACACCAGCAGGUAUGGGUAUUCAAAAUUUUAAGAAUUCAGUUGCAAUUUUUGUACCACGUGAUAGAUAUCGUCCAAUUAAAUCAACAAGUCAAUUAUUGGUUGCACAAUCAAAUAUUUUCCAAUUUGAUCAUGGUCAAGUUAAAUUAAAUUCAAAGAGAGAAGGUCAAGAUGUACCACUUGUUAAAUUGGGUGAAGAAUUUUCAACAGUUUCAGAUUAUGAAAAGAGAUUUAAAUCAAUUCCAGAUUUAUUGGAAUUGGAUCAUCUUACUGUUUCUGGUGAUGUUUACUUUGGUUCAAGAAUUACUCUUAAAGGUACAGUCAUUAUUGUAGCUAAUCAUGGUGAACGUGUUGAUAUUCCAGAUGGUGUGGUUUUAGAAAAUAAAGUACUUUCUGGCACUCUUAGAAUUUUGGAUCAUUAA